UGAGCCAAGUGCGUACGUGGCGCUGUGAUAGAGCAACAUGUCGCUGUGAUACCAGUGACCGAGAGAAAUAUACAUAAGCAUAUGUCAUUUUUAUAUGAUUGUAUAACAAAGUUUGGUAGAAAAACAUGAGGUGGUUGAUCUCGUGCGUGUUUCUCGUUUUCUUCACUGUCUACGGGCAAUGCUAUUUUAUUACUGUGGAUGCGCACGCUGAGGAAUGCUUUUUUGACAAGGUUGAAACCGGCACCAAGAUGGGCCUCACAUUUGAAAUAGCGGAGGGUGGGUUUCUAGAUAUAGAUGUAAUGAUAACUGGUCCGGAUGGUAGAACAAUUUAUCAGGGUGAGCAAGAGAGCAGCGGGAAGUACACGUUUGCCGCACACACAUCAGGUGUUUACACUUACUGCUUUAGCAAUCAAAAGAGUACAAUGACACCAAAAGUAGUGAUGUUCAAUAUGGAUAUUGAUGAAAAUCAUAAACAAAAAGAUCAGAAUGGAGAAGGAGGCCAAGAUGGAGAAGGUAGUCAAGCAAAAUUAGACGACAUGAUUAAAGACUUGAGCACUAGUUUAUGGGGUGUGAAAAAUGAACAAGAAUAUAUGCAGGUUCGCGAUCGCAAUCACAGAGCGAUUAAUGAGAGUACAAAUUUUCGAGUUGUAGUCUGGGCAUUUUUCGAAACCUUGGUGUUGAUUUGCGUGACAGUAGGACAAAUCUCUUACUUGAAGCGAUUCUUUGAGGUACGAAGAAUUGUAUAAUUCAUAGUAUAAUAUAUUUAAUGAUAGACUCUCCUCGAAUUAUUUGUACAUUAUCUAUGUAUUAUAUAUAAUAUCUUUAUCGCAGUAAGUAAUAUCUGCAGUAAAUACAUUUUCCAGUCUGUUCAAAAGUUCAAACCCAAAAACUGUACAUCAUUAAAAGCUUAUUUAUUUGUAAGGUUUCCUAGUAUUAAACUAAGUAACGAACACUAAAUGUUUGUAAAAGAACAGCAUGAAUAAUGGAAAAGUUGAAUGUGUUUUUUGUAUAAAAUGUGUUUGUAAUAACAAAAACGCCGAUAAAAAAUAUAUAUCUGUAAUGAAAAAAAUAUA